AUGGCGGACGCGGUGCUGUUCGAGUUUCUGCACACGGAGAUAGUGGCGGAACUAUGGGCGCAGAACCCUGACCCAAGUCCCGGGGUGAGCGCCGGGCCCCGGGGGGAGAAGUUCGGCUCCUCUCCUGGACAGAAGCCGAGCUCGACGGUCCUCGAGGCCAUGGGCUUCCGUGUGGGCCAGGCUCUGGGCGAGAGGCUGCCCCGGGACACCCUGGCCUUCAGGGAGGAGCUGGACGCCCUCAAGUUCCUGUGCAAGGAUGUGUGGGCAGCGGUGUUCCAGAAGCAGAUGGACGGCCUGCGCACCAACCACCAGGGCACCUACGUCCUCCAGGACAACAGCUUCCCCCUCCUGGUCCGGAUGGCCGCUGGCCUGCAGUAUCUGGAGGAGGCACCCAAGUUCCUGGCCUUCACCUGCGGCCUCCUGCGAGGGACCCUCAGCACCCUGGGCAUCAAGAGCCUGGUCACCGCCUCCGUGACGGCCCUGCCCGCCUGUAAGUUCCAGGUGGUUAUCCAGAGAGCCUGA